UGCAACAUUCGGCUAAAUCGUUUCCCCCCGGUCCCCCCAUGUAGUCUAAUGUGAUUGGUGAAGUAGUUUGCUGUCAGAACAAGAAGGAAAUUGCGGGGUGUUGCGACAUAGAGAGAGAGAUACCGUAUUUUAGAUUUUCAGUAACUGGUAGUGACACCAGCAACCCCAUCAGCGUGGCCAGGCAUGAGAGCUGAUAUCUGAGGAUUUAAACCACCAGCGCCACAAUGGAUGCCCCUGCCAUCAGUAACAACCUCAACCUUUCAAAUGGGGACUUGGAUCCCUCGGACACCCCUCCCACCAUGUCCAUUGACAAGCUCUUCCCAGCACUCCUGGAGUGCUUUGGGAUCAUCUUGUGUGGCUAUAUUGCUGGUCGAGCGAACAUCAUCACAUCCACACAGGCCAAAGGAUUGGGGAACUUUGUGUCCAAGUUUGCCCUCCCAGCAUUGCUCUUUAAGAACAUGGUACUCUUGGACUUUGGGAAUGUCAUCUGGCCAUUUUUGUGGAGUAUUCUCAUCGCCAAGGUGUCUGUGUUUUUCAUUGUGUGUGUGAUUACACUACUGGUUGCCAGUCCUGACACUCGAUUCAGCAAAGCUGGCCUAUUCUCCAUCUUUGCUACUCAAAGCAAUGACUUUGCUUUGGGAUACCCGAUUGUUGAGGCCUUGUACAAGAACACACACCCAGAGUAUCUACAGUACAUUUACCUGGUAGCACCAGUGUCCCUCAUGCUUCUCAACCCCAUUGGGUUUGCCUUCUGUGAGAUCCAGAAGUGGAGGGAUCAGAGAGACCGGCAGCAGAGCAAACUCCAGAUAGUGGGUGUGGUCAUCCUGCAGGUUCUGAAGAACCCCAUGGUCUUCAUGGUUGUUAUUGGCAUUAUCUUCCACUUCAUCCUGGAUCAGAAGAUCCCUGCUUUCAUGGAGCAGUUUGUGGAUGGCCUGGCCAACUCUUUUGGAGGAGCAGCUCUGUUCUACUUGGGCCUCUCCAUGGUGGGCCAGUUGGGGAAGCUCACCAGGUCCACGGUUGUAGCCCUUAUCCUGCUCAUCACAGCAAAACUGUUGGUGAUGCCGUUGAUCUGUCGAGAGACUGUGGAGCUGUUGGACGCUGACAACACCAGCUCUAGUCUCGAACACUCCAGUCUCUCCAACUAUGCCUUCCUCUAUGGAGUCUUCCCUAGUGCCCCCAGUGUGGCCAUCUAUGCUGCUCACUAUAACAUGGAGCUACAAGUUGUUACCUCAGGGAUGGUAAUAAGCACGUUUCUCUCAGCUCCCAUUAUGUAUGUUUCUGCUUGGUUGCUGACAAUACCAUGGAUGGACCCUAAGCCAUUGAUGGAUUCUCUGCAGAAUGUCAGCUUUAAUGUCAGCAUCAUCAGCUUAGUUGCACUGGCUUGGACAGUUACUGUCAUGUUCCUGAGUAAGAAAUUUAAGAGACUACCUCACAUGUUCACCGUCAACCUGUUCUUGGCACAGAUUCUAGCUUGUGUUAGCAUGAUCAUGUGGAACUUUGUCGUGAGACAAGACCGCUUCAUUGGACACGUGUUGACAUUCACACUGUUGUACGGCUCACUGUACAGUACUUAUGUAUGGCCAGGUCUGAUAGCACUUUCCCUUGUGUUGAUGAAGAGAGGUGGUGAGCUGAAGGUUGCGCCAGGCUUCCUGGUGAUUGCAGGCUGGGGAGUCCCAGCCCUUGUGGCAGCAGUGCUCCUCGUAACUGGGGAGAGGAUGCCCGACACCAUCGAUUCGGCUUUCUUUUAUGGAAGACCGCAGAUCAUCUGCACCUCUGUUGUGCUUGCCUUCAGCAUAGUGCUGGGCGGGUGCUCUUUGGUGGGCCUCCGUCGAGGCACGUGGGACUCAAUGUACCAUGUCCUGGAGAGAGAGACUAUGCUAGGCACUAUUGAGGAUCUGAGGCUCCCGACUGGCCCAGAUACCCAAACUAUCUCAGAUAUCCGUGACAUGUUUGAGCCAGCCGGAACUGGAAGCAUCAACAUAGGUCCGUGUGAGACUGGCUGUGAGUCGCCAGGCUGUCUACUGGCCCAGGAGGAGCAGCAGGUGGCUGACAGACAGGUGGCCCGCCAUGUGCUCUUAUGCCUGCUACUGAUCGUCAGCCUACUAGCUAACCUGUCCAGCUGUCUGUGGUGGCUCUUUAGUCGAGUUCCUGGGAGACUUUACUUAGAGCUGCAGUUCUUCUGUGCUGUGGUAAACUAUGGACAGGGCUUCAUCUCGUUCGGGCUUUUUGGGCUGGACAAACAUUUGAUAAUACUGCCAUUUAAAAAGAAGAUAUCCUGUCUGUGGCAUAGAAGGAAGCCAGAAGAGCAGCCUCAACUGGUUGUAUCUGAUGACAUCAUGAUGACCUGCACUCAGUUCAUCAGAUACCACAAAGAGCAGUGUGUCCGGGACAUUGUCCAGCAGAAGAGCUGUGGGGAGUGCCUAACUGGCCCGUUGGUGAAUCCUUCCUCUGACACACAGGUGUGGGGAGAGGACAGUGGCGGACACUUUUCUUGGCAGUGAGCUGGUAGAGUGGCUGUUGCAGGUGGGUCUGUCACAGGACCGAGGAGAGGCGCUGCUCUAUGGGAUCCGGCUGCAGCAGGGUGGGGUGCUCCAGCACAUCACCCAGGAGUAUGGCUUCAAAGAUGACAACCUGCACUACUGCUUCACAGCAUAAGGUGGGCCCUGGUUAGGCCCAGUCUCUGUUUUCCAGAGGCACAAGAUGAAAAAGAGAUCAGCUAUCUACCAGACCUGAAUCUAGGUCGCUACCUACAUAGCACUAGCAGUAUUGGUUGACUUGAAGAGUCUGCUGAUUUUUUUUUUUUUUUGUGAUUUAAAAAAAAUGCUUUUAUUGUUUUGCACAUUGAAAUAUGCAUCAUAACAAGCAUUGAGCACUUGUUAGUUUUCUUUUAAACUGCCUAUUUUUUUGUGUGGGUUUUGUAUGGUACUGUAUGCAUAAUGAGAUUUAACAGUUGUCAAAGAGGCAGAGGUAAUAAUGAUCAGCCCAAAUUACUGAUGUCAAAUAUCUUGCAUAAUCGUCUCAAGUUAUACAGACCAGCUUGUAUCCCCUUGAUGACACUCCUAUACCAUAAGGCUCAGAUUUUAUUUAUUUAGUUUGGAUGACAAGAAUGGUAUUUGUCAGGUAUUGAAAAUGCAAGUCUGCAAUGGGCCUCUCGAGUGGUGCAGAGUUCCAAUGCACUGCAUCACAGUGCUAGAGGCGUCACUACAGACCCGGGUUCGAUCCCGGGCUCUAUCAUAACCGGCUGUGAUCGGGAGUCCCAUAGGGUGGCGCACAAUUGGCCCAGUGUUGUCCGGGUUAGGGGAGGGUUUGGCCGGGGGGGCUUUACAAGUAGGCCGUCAUUGUAAAUCAUUUGUUCUUAACUGACUUGUCUAGUUAAAUAAAAAAAUUAAAUGCAUGUUGCUGUGUAUUCUAAAUACACUUAAUUUGGCCAUUAUUUAUAACUUAAAAUAGAUAUGGCAGCUAGGAUCUAUUUUUAAUAUAUUUGAAUAAUGUAGACAGAAUGGUGUCAAAUUUUAUGGAUGCAGAAUUUUAUUGUUUGAAUUCUCUGUCCGUUUGUACAUUGUUAGUCACACGCGAUAUCUCGGACACCAUUGGGUGAUUUUGACGAAACUUGGAUGAAUGAUGCAUCUUGCCAUAGAGACCUGGCAUUUAAAAAAUUACACUAAUUGGCCGAAAGGGGGCGCUGUAGUGAUCAACUGAGAACUUUGAACAAGCAAGUCUCCUGUCCCAUAAUUUUGUACAUGCAGUGCCUUCAGAAAGUAUUCAGACCCCUUGAUUGUUUUUCCCCCACAUUUUGUUAGGUUACAGCCUUAUUCUAAAAUGAAUUAAAUAAAACAAUUUUCUCAGCAAUCUACACACA